AUGGAUCAGCCAUUGUUGCCCAAGAGGAAUGCUGAGGAGAAGAAAUGGGUACUAACAUGGGAUGCCUUUGUGGAAGAGCUAAAACGAAUGAGCCACAUGGCAGCUCCAAUGAUGGUGGCAGCAGUGACGCUCUACCUACUUCAGGUUGUGUCAUUGACGAUGGCAGGGCACUUGAGUGAAUUGUCACUCUCUGGAGUCUCCAUUGCUACCUCUUUCACCAAUGUCACUGGCUUCAGUUUCCUGGUUGGAAUGUCUGGAGGAUUAGAAACUCUAUGUGGGCAAGCUUAUGGAGCAAAGCAAUAUAAGAAGUUCGGAAGCUAUACAUACUGUGCAAUAAUUUCUCUUACUGUAACAAGUAUCCCUGUAUCUGUCCUUUGGGUAUUCAUGGACAGGUUAUUAAUAGCAAUAGGCAUAGAUUCUGAUAUCUCAAUUGUAGCCUGCCAAUACGCGAUUCGGCUCAUUCCUGCAUUAUUUGCCUAUGCUAUUCUUCAACCGCUACUUCGCUACUUCCAGUCUCAGAGCUUGAUUCACCCCAUACUAAUAAGCAACUGUGCUGCUCUAUGCUUCCAUAUUCCUCUCUGUUGGGUUCUGAUAUAUAAAUGGGAACUAGGAAACACAGGAGCAGCAUUAGCCAUCAGUGCGUCUUAUUGGUUAAAUGCGAUCCUGCUUGCACUUUACAUGCUGUUCUCUUCAUCUUGUGAGGAAACCCGAAGCCUCUACUGGAACGAAAUUUUCUCAAGCAUUAAUAAGUUCUUUCGCUUCGCUCUCCCUUCUGCUGUAAUGGUUUGUCUCGAAUGGUGGACCUUUGAGCUACUUAUAUUACUGGCAGGUCUGCUCCCAGAUCCGAAGCUUCAAACAUCAGUUCUUUCUAUCUGUCUUACUACCACAACAUUGCACUUCUAUGUACAAUAUGGGAUUGGUGCUGCUGGAAGCACUCGGGUUUCGAACGAGUUAGGAGCUGGAAAUCCUAAGGCAGCUAGAGUUGCAGUUCAAGUAGUAUUGAUCAUUUCAAUUGGGGAGGCAGUUACUGUCAGCAUAAUUCUGUUCUUUUGCCGUCACUUUUUUGGAUAUGCUUUUAGCAAUGAAGAGGAAGUUGUGGACUAUGUCGCCGAACUAGCUCCCCUGCUUUGUCUCUCACUUAUCUUGGAUGGCUUACAGGCAAUGUUUUCUGGGAUUGCUAGGGGAUGUGGGUGGCAACACAUAGGAGCCUAUAUCAACCUUGGAGCAUAUUAUCUUGUUGCAACUCCACUAGCUGUUCUUCUCUGCUUUGUGCUCCAUCUUAGAAGCAAAGGACUUUGGAUGGGACUAUUAACAGGGAGUACUGUUCAAGCAGCAUCAUUUGCUGUCAUAACUGCUUUGACAAAUUGGCAACAACAGGCAACCAAUGCCAGGGAGAGGAUCUUUGAGGCACCUUUUUUAGCUGAUAAUGAAUUGGCUUGA